AUGCCUCUGCCCCGACGCCGCUCUUCCUCUGGACAGCCGUCCUCCGAGCGCCCGGCGCCCGCCUCCUGCGGCCGUAUCUCCGCGUCCGGCACAGCUGCCCCCCGUGGUGUCUUCGUGGGCUCCGCCCCCCCUGUGGGAGGGGCCUCAUGCCUGGGGACGCGUGUGUCCCGGCGCGCUCUGGGUAUCAGCAGCGUGUUCCUGCAGGGCAUGAGGAGCAGCGCGGCGCCGGUGCUGCCACGGGCUGGGGAGCGGCGGCGGCAGGUCACGGGGCAAGCGGCGGCGGGACUCAACAGUUGCCUGAUGGAGUACCGGGACAAAGUGAGGGCACUGGAGACACUGAACCAGCAGUUGGAGGAGCAGAUCCGCCUCUGUCUCGACCGCAAGGCGUCCAGCGCCGGGGCCUGGGGACCGCUUCGCCGGGAGUGGGAGGACGUCUACAGACAGGUCAGCGAGGCUAUCCUGGACAACGCUCGGCUGAUGCUGCAGACGGAAAACGUUCAAGCCAAUGCAGAGGACAUCAAAGACAGGUAUGAAAACGAGCAGCCGUUCAGGAAGGCGGUGGAGGAGGAGAUCAGCUCGCUCUACAAAGUCAUCGACGACGCAAACCUGACCAAGGCGGAGCUUGAGGAGCAGAUGGAGAACAUGAGGGCUGAGCUGCGCAACCUGGAGCACAACCAUGAGCAGGACGUACGAGUCCUCUACAGUCAGAUGGCGGGACGUGAGGUGGACGAACCUGACGCUCCCAUAGAAACCAGCCUGGACCAGAUCCUGGCCUACAUCAGGAGCCACUGGGAAAAGGUGACGGAGAGGAACCGGGCUGAGACCGACAGCUACCUGGAGUGCAAGGAGGCGCAGUGUGUGAGCAGACUGAGUCCUGAGGAGGAGCAGGUGGAGGCACUGAAGGCUGAGUGCAACGAGACCGGCUGCAAGAUCCAGAGCCUGCAGGCCGAGACCGAGUCCAUCAGAGCGCUGAGGCGUGGUCUGGAGAACUCGCUGGGUGACGCCCGUCACUGGCACGACAUGGAGCUUCAGAAUCUGGGCUCAGUGGUGGCAAAGCUGGAGGCGGAGCUUGCAGACGUGCGUGGCGAGAUCGAACAGCAGCGUCGCGACUACGACACAUUGCUUAGCAACAAGCAACGACUGGAGCAGGAGAUCGGCAUGUACCACGGCAUCCUGGAUGGAGAGGAGAGCCGCUUCCAGCCCGCAGACACGUGUCCAGGUCUUCACUCAGAGCAUGAGGGAGCUGCUGCUGCCUCUUCAGCUCCAGACUCCAGGACCGACCCUCCAGGACCUCCAGGACCUCCAGGACAGUGA